AUGAGGCCUGGGGAAAAUCACCCUGAGUGCCCCAUUUCCGAUCCUUCGUCCUCUAGUGACGACACUUCCAGUAGUCAGGGCUCUGACGACAGCUCAGGCUCUAACGACAGCUCGGGCUCGGGCAGCAGCUUGGGCUCUGAGUCUGUGGAGGUGGUCUCGCCAGAGACCGUCCCGAGCAGAGCUAGGUCUGGCUCGACUGCCUUAGCUCAACCCCCUAGUGCCGCGGCAGCAGCUGGGUCAGAGCGCAACGCUGGAUAUGUUCAGGAAGAUGUUCUUGGUAAGAGCCACACCUCAGGGUGGUACUACUUCAACAAGAGGGAGAGGGACAGUCCUUACAGCGACCUGAAGAUGUUCCUCAACAUGCCCUCCUCGGUGAAGAAGUGGAAGGAGAGGUACUUCUACGUGGCGAUGGAGGGAAACCCCUUCAAGAGCAGGUGGGUCAAGCCCACCCAAUCCGUGCUGAACCGAGCACCCAAGCUCUCCCCAACUGACCUCCAAACAUAUCAAAUGUGUUUGGGUGGGGAGGCUGUGGAUGUCUGCAUGCUACAGAAUGAAGACUUCCUCCAGGAAUUUGGGCUGAGUGAAGUCCCUGUGGUUAAUGUGAAGGUAGACAAUAAGGCCCUGGCCGCGGCGGCAGCGGAAGCGAGGAAAAAAGAUACGGCCGACCAGGCUGCCAAGAAGGCCGUUGACAAGGGCAAGGCCGCGGCUAGCCCCAACCCGAAUGUGAAGGUCGCCCCUCCAACUGGUGCGGGCAACAAGUCUUCGCCCCUUAUUAUUGGGGGCAAGCAAGGGAAGGAGAUGCCCCCUCCAAUACAAUAUUCAGCUCGGCACAGGGCUCCGGGCUCUGUGAAGGCGAAGGAACCAGCUGGCGCGAUAAAGAAGGCGCCUGGGCAAACCGGCACACCUGACCAAGCUGGGGCAGGGUCCAACGUCCAAAAAAGGAGGCGCUCGCCAGUUGACGAGGGGCAGCAAGGAAACCCUCCAAAGGUGGCUCGAACAGGGAAGCAGCCCGCAGACCCCUGGGUGGACCUGUUGGAGAACGGCACCAUUCUGGAUCCCUCGGCAACUCAGACUUGA